GAUCUAGAUGACCUAAUAUUAUUAAAAGGCCACGUGUUGAGUUCCUGUUUUACAGCAUUAGCAUUUGAGCAAAAGAGAAGAUACUAAAAGCAGCUGAAACGGUGGCCUAUAGUCGUCAGAAUCAUGGAAACUUCUACUAAACACUGGACUACAGUACCAGACGGAGAAGCUCUUCUCAAAGUUAGUCUCACUGGUCCAGGUUCUAUUCCAGCCUCUACCUUCACUCAGUCAUUUCGUAGCACUGUACUGAAGCACGGGUCUCGCCCAGCUCUUAGAGUGAAGCGAGACGGGAGGUGGAUAACUUGGACCUAUGAACAGUACUAUGCUGAUGCUACCAGAGCUGCCAAAUCUAUGAUCCGUCUUGGCCUAGAGCAGCAUUAUGGUGUUGGCAUAAUCGGGUUCAAUUCACCAGAAUGGCUAUUAUCAUACAUGGGGUGCAUACUAGCCGGUGGUAUAGCUACAGGUAUAUACACGACUAAUACAAAAGAGGCUUGUCAUUACAUUGCUGAUAACUCUCGUGCUCAAAUAUUCAUUUGUGAAGACAAGAAACAAUUGACAAAGCUGUUACAGGUGAGAGACAGACUGCCUCAUUUAAAAGUUAUAGUGAAGUAUAUUCCUGAGUCUAUUGAGCCGCUUGAUCCUGAGAUGAAGGAAAGUGGCGUCAUGACGUGGGACGAGUUCAUGGAAAAGGGACAAGGUAUACCUGAUUAUGAAUUAUCAUGGAGGAUGGAUCAUCAGAAGCCAGGCCAUUGUGCCAGCCUUAUAUACACUUCUGGAACAACUGGCCCUCCAAAGGGAGUGAUGCUAAGUCACGAUAAUAUUGUGUGGUCUAGUACCAUUUUAGCUAAAAGCUAUGAUGCAACUGAGGUUGAGUCCCACAUCAGUUACCUUCCCCUGAGUCACAUUGCAGGUCAAGUGGUUGAUAUAGUGACUCCAGCACUCAUUGGGUCCUGUGUUUGGUUCGCACAGCCUGAUGCUCUGAAGGGAAGUCUCAAACAAACAAUACUGGAUGUACACCCAACCUUCUUCUUUGCCGUCCCAAGAGUCUGGGAGAAGUUUAAGGACGCUCUUGAGAUAGAGCUGGCUAAAGCUUCAGGAAUAAAGGCAGCCAUCAUCAACGCAUCAAGAAAUGUUGGUAGAAAGACACAAGCUAAUCGGCUGCAAGGUCAAAGUGUGGCUUGGGGUUACUGGCUUGCUCAAAAGACCUGCUUCAACUCACUGAGAGACAAAUUGGGAUUAGACCGUUGUAGACUAACAGUAUCAGCAGCAGCUCCUCUUCCUAUGGCAAUCACAGAAUUCUUUGGAGACUUUGAUAUUCCAGUUUUCCAAGCAUACGGGAUGUCAGAAACAACCGGAGUGAGUUGCCUCAACUGUCAAGGUAGCUAUAAACCAGGAGCAGCUGGACGCUCAUUAAUAGGAAUUGAGAUAAAGAUUGAUAAACCGGACAGUGAAGGAGAUGGGGAGAUAUGCUUCCGUGGGCGUCAUGUCUUCAUGGGAUACUUGUAUCAAGCUGAGAAGACAGCAGAAUGUGUUGAUGAAGAUGGCUGGUUGCAUUCGGGAGACAUUGGGAGAAUUGAUGAUGAUGGUUUUUAUUAUAUUACUGGUCGACUGAAGGAGAUCAUUAUCACUAAAGGUGGUGAGAAUGUGGCCCCAGUACCUAUUGAACAGAAUAUGAAAGAAAAAAUUCGUAUUAUCAGCAAUGUAAUGAUAGUUGGUGAUGAAAGACAUUACUUGACAAUGCUAGUGACAAUACGCUGUGUGCUGCUUGAUGGACGCCAACCAACUGAUGACAUGGACUCCAUUGCUAAGCAAGUAGCUUAUGAAAUAGGAUCUAGUGCUACUACUGUGUCAGAAGCUAUGAAUGAUGAUGUUAUUAAACGUUAUAUACAGCAAGGAAUGGAACAGGCUAAUGAGCAGGCUAUUAGCCGGGCAGCAAAAGUUCAGAAGUUUGCUAUACUUCCUCUUGACUUUAGUGUCGAUGGUGGAGAGCUGACUCCUACUUUUAAGCUAAAGAGGAAAUUUGUUACUGAAAAAUAUAGAGACAUCAUUGAUCAGUUAUAUUCAGAGUAAUUGCAUGCGCUCAAAUUAUUAUUUGUUGGUAAUUAUUUGUCAUCACUGUCAUUGAGUUUAAUCAUGUAAAGUUUAGUAAUUAUUUAUGAUUAUAA